AUGGGUUCAGAUUUGAUCGAAAUAGAAAGCAUUUCAUAUCUAAUGGAGGAGGAGGACGUCCUGAUUAAUAUGAUUCCAAAAAGAGCUUCUCUUGGGCGUGUUACUAAUCCAAAAUUUGAUAUCUUCAAUGGGCUAAAGUUUGCAGUGCUCUCUGGACUACUGACUUUUCAGGGCUGUCAGCAUGCGACUGCAAUCACAGAAAUCGCUAGUGGAUUGCAGCCCGCUUCGUUCAUAGGAGAUUUGGGUGAUAUUGGUACAGGUUUUACUUCAGUUAGGAAACCUUCCUGUUACUAAUCUAAAGUUGUUUUAUUUUAUUUUAUUUUAUUUUAUUUAUUGUGGUCGCCCUAACUCAUGCAGACCUUACAAUCAUGUAAGUGCAUUUUCUGAACUCCCUUAUAUCUCAGUUAAAUUGUUAGACUCAAAUCCCGGGAUUCUGUAUGCCCUCGAUUACAAAGUGCUACCUCAGUUUGCAUCAAUCAAUGAUGAGAAAAUCCUUAUCCUGGAACAUGUAGUCAGAAUCAUGGAUCAUGUUUAGGACCUAAGAAGACCCAUAUCUUAAUGUCACAACAGCAGGCUUCGUGCAAAUCUAGUUAAGACGGUUACUAAGUUGAAACUCUACAACAUCUAGGAACCUGCUGCACCUCCUGCUCCGCAUCUACAUGUGCCAUAAUACAAGAGAUAGAGCACAGUGCCUCUAGAACACCGAUGGGAUACAUCUAUAAUAUCAAUGAAACAUGCCAUCAUUUUUAUCUCGUCAGUCCACUAGGAGAAUCAUGGAUAAUUGAAUCUACUUCUUUUUAGUUAUGAAAUUCAACCAUGAAAAUUUUCCUUUUGCAGGCAUUCUUGUUGAUAUUUUUCUCUGAACUGGGAGACAAAACAUUCUUUAUUGCUGUAAGGAUCCACUCCUGAAUGUCUUUUAAUAAAAUUUCGUUUUUACCAUGUUAAAACAUGCGCUCAGUAUACGAAAGUAAAUAUUUUGAAUGGCUUCUGUUAUCUAUUUUCCUUUCAUAAUCUUUGCCUAACUCUCUAAAUAGAUGCAUGAUUAUCCUGUGUUGAAUUAAUUUGAAAAUUAUGAAUUGAAUCAAAUCCUUUAUAUAUAGUCCUAUGCAAUGUUUAGUUAUGAGACAGAUACAUAUUGUUGAAUUUUGAGUUGGAGUUCUCUUUCCAAAGUCUCCAUAUGAGCAUAUAACUAUAUGGAGAGGAAGGCCUAUAAUUCCUACCCCGCCUGAUAUCAUUGGCCUCUAGUUGUGCAUAUCCUGCUGUGCAAUAUGUACCUCAUUAUUUAGUUUACUAGGAAAAAAAUAUUUUGCAGUUUAACAUGCAAGAAGAAUCCGCCCUCAUAUGUCAAUCUCAUGAGAUGUUACAGCUUUUGUUCUUUGGAAAUAUUUUCUUUUUUCGUACGAAAGAUCAAGUAAAAUCCUCAAAAUAAUAUACUAAAAAAAUAUUAUUAAUCGUGUCAAAAUUUUAAUGUUGUCAACCCUUACUUUGAGCAGGCUCUUUUGGCUGCCCGAAAUUCUGCCCUUGUUGUCUUUCUGGGCACGUUUGGUGCACUUGGGUAAGUAUCUUCAUGAGUUUUUUGGCAUGUUCUUUACUGGUUUUCAACUUAUUACUCGAUUAAUUAUUCAUAGGUAUGUGUUUUCUUCAACUUCGUCGAUGUAGACUUGAUGUUCAACAGAGGACCUUGGUGUUUGCAGACUUGUAUCUUAAUUUUGUGUUUUUUUGGGGGUGUGGGGUGUGGGUGGGGUUCUUAAUUUUGUGGUGCUGCUGUCUAGAAGAAAGUAUAUGACUUUCUGAUGACAUUGCAUACAUGAAGAUGUGAGCAAGCAAUUAUACAUAAAAGGCAUUGAUAGCUAUUUGAUGGUUUUCUUUCCCAUGGUCUAUUAUUCCUUGCGUGUAGCAGGCGAAAAAAUUCUUGUCCAAUGUCCUCGGUCUUCCACUAUUCCAGAAGUGAUGAUACUUCUCAUGCUUGUGAUUCUCUUUAAUUUUAUAAAAUUUAUAAGAAAUUCUAGUUCUACUUUCUUCCAGACCAUAACAAGAUUAAUUCAAUCAUCUGUACUGACUAAAUGUCAUCGGACAGGAUGACCAAAUGAGUUAUAUGCUGGCUAAUUUUUUAAAAUGAGAUCAGUUUUUUUUUUUCUUUUUUCUUUGAGAGCUCAACCGUGCUGAUAAUGCCAGUAAUCAUUUUCUUCUGCAGGGUGAUGACCAUCAUAUCCGUCAUUCUUGGACGUACAUUUCAUUAUGUGGAUGACAUCCUACCGUUCAGGUAGUGGUUUUGUUCUCCCAUGGGGAUGGUAUCUCACUGAUGGCUGUCUCAUGCUACAUUAUCCUCCCAGAUAAUAUAUAGGAAGCUAUCUAAGACGUACCUUUAACGUGAUGUGAAAACCCUGUGGUAGGUUUGGUGAAACAGAUUUGCCCGUUGAUGAUAUUGCAGCAGUCUGCCUACUGGUAACACUUCUGACCCAUAAUAUGCUAAACUAAAGCUUGUAAAGCAAAGCUUAGCAAAUUUCUUUUUUUUUUUUUUUCCGUUUACAACCUUCAGAUAUUCGUUGUAGCACAUCUUACUCCAGUGAAAUGCUCGAUGGGUGGGGUUCUAAUCGUUAGACAUGCCAGGUUUAUUUUGGGGUUUCCACUCUAAUCGAUGCUUCUUCAAGUGAUGGUUCAAAGGCUCAAGGGGAAAAGGAGGAGGUGAGUUCGCAUGCUGAAUUUAUUUUUAAAAUAAAUCUGUAUGAGGGGCAACACCUACUUUUAUUUUUAUUUUUAAUCUCAGAUGGUUUCGUUGAUGAGUUAAUUUAUCAAGAACAGUUGCACAUGGUUCAUAGACGUUGCCUAUACGAAAUCAAAUGACAACUUCUUUUACCCGUCCAGCAUCUUCCACUUAAGAACAUAAUAUGUGAAGAAGGCUCUUCAUUAUUUUUGGAGCUUUUAGGCUUUUUUUUAUAACCUCAGCACUUCAUUUUCUUGACUGUUGUGAUUGGUUCCUGAUUUUCAACCAGGCGGAGCUUGCGAUCGCCGAUGUAUCAGGGAGUGGUGCAGGAAUUGUGGCUGCAGCUAGCACCGUGAUCAGUACUUUUGCCCUGGUUUUUGUCGCCGAAUGGGGCGAUAAAUCAUUUUUUUCCACCAUAGGUAUUUUUUCGUUCAUUUUAUUUUUAUUUUUAUUGAACAUUUUUUUUUAUUUUUUUUAUUUUUAUUGAACAUACUGCUGUUAAAUGCUCGGGAAUGUUCUAUCAAUCACAACAUUCUAUGUUUUUAUAACUCUCAUUUUUUUUGCUUCUUUUUUGCUCUGUGCAGCACUUGCUGCAGCUUCUUCGCCGCUUGGUGUCGUGGGGGGCGCCCUGGCCGGCCAUGCCGCUGCAACCUUGGUGAGACUAAGCUUUAAAUAUUAUUUAAAGCUUUAAAUGAACUUAUUUGAUGAUUAGUGUAAUUUAUUUGGCAUUUAUAUUUAUUUCGCUCUUGCAGCUUGCAGUUGUGGGGGGAUCCUUAUUAGGCACAUUUUUCUCCGAGAAGGUUAGCUCUUACUUUCAUUAUAUGUAGUCUUGAAUGUGUCAGAAAUGCUACUUGAUGAAAUUAAAAAAAAAAAAAGAAAAAAAAAGAAGGGAAAUGCCAGACCCGAUAAAGCUGCUGCAUCUGCCAAAAAUGGAAAAAAAAAUAAAGGGAAAAAUGGAGGAAUUUGGAAUUAGAUACAGAAUAAGACAACACCCCCGUCUGACAAAAAUGGAAAAAAAAAAAAAAGGAAUAUAAACAUGAGGUGGCUUGCAGACUAGUGUCCCCUGCAUGGCCUAGAUCCAGUACCGGGCCUGAAGAGUGAAAUGGGGCUCUGGGUUGGGGCCACGUGGCAAGAACAGGUUUUGAUAUCUGCACCCACCCCCCACCCAGCGACCCUCAAAAAGAGGUCAUUUUUGCUUCUGCCUUGCUCUUUUGCAGGUCAUCGCCUACGUUGGAGGGCUCCUCUUCUUCGUCUUCGCUGCGGUCACGCUGUCAGGCAUCGUCAGCUAG